AACAGUAAUGUUCGCGCCAUGAGAACAUACAGAUAGUUUUAUUCUUUUUAAUCUUUAUUUUAUGGCCUCCUUAUUUUCUCAUUCUCUUGUUACAGACCUCAACAAUGCUAGAAGGAACAAAGAUCAAUUCACCAUCACAAAUGGCGAGCGUCUUCGACAUUGCUAAGGACACCGUCCUAUUCCUCGUAUUAUCCUGCUAUUACAUCCUUGAAUCCCUAUUCUGGACCUUAGUACCUAAUGCUAUACGACCUAUGAAGAGUUUGAAGGGAGAUGUGGUGUUGGUGACGGGAGGAGCCGGGGGUGUCGGCCGCCUCCUUGCUGUCAAACUUGCAAGACUUGGCGCCAAGGUCGUCAUAUGGGAUAUUAGUGUCGAAGGUUUGAAGAAGACGUGCGCAGCCGUAACUGAUGAGGGCUACGAAAUUGCAAGCUACGUCGUAGACCUAUCAGAUCGCACUGCAGUCUACGCAGCUGCUGAAAAAGUGAAAAGAGAGGUCGGUAAGGUAGAUAUGCUGAUUAACAAUGCAGGAACAGUUUUCGGCGAAACUCUUUUGGAUCUUUCUGAUUACGCGAUAGAAACCACCUACAAAGUUAACAUACUCUCACACUAUUGGACGGUAAAAGCCUUCUUACCCGACAUGAUCGCCACUGGCAAGGGACACAUCGUGACCGUGGGCUCAGUGGCCGGCAUGCUCGGGACUUACCGCUGCACAGACUACAGCGGCACUAAGUUCGCUACCAUUGGCUUUCAUGAGAGCCUGUUCACCGAGUUGAAGGCUCAUGGCCACAACACAAUCCACGCAACUCUAGUCUGCCCGUACUACAUAAACACGGGUAUGUUUGACGGAGUCUCCCCGCGUCUGAUGCCGAUGUUGGAGCCCGACUACGUAGCUGAGACCAUGAUAGAUUCUAUAAGGAAGAACGAAGUCAAUUGCGUCAUGCCUGGAUCAGUUAGAUACCUUCUACCUUUGAAGUGCCUGCUCCCCGCUAAAAUGUGCUGGGACCUGAUGCACCGAGUUAUGAAGGGGCCACAAGCUAUGAUGGAGUUCAAAGGAAAGCCCAAAGCUGUCGCUACAUAGUAAUUAGAACACUAGACUUACUCAAUUUACCUUGUAAAUAAUGUAACGUGUACUUAAAUAAGAUAAAUAAGACUUAAAAUAUUAUCAGAAGCAUUUUAUGUUACGGUAAUGUAAUUAUAAACGAUAAAAAAUA